AAAAAAAAGGACAUAAGGAUAGCUUGUAUCCAUGGCAACUACUCAGUUUAAUGUAUCCAGGAAAACGAGUUUACAGAAACAUAUUUAGUUCAUUUUUUUAUUUAUACAGAAACAGAUGAAAGCCUUAUACAAAAUUGUAGGCCUACUAGUAAGAUCGAUCUUUAUCAUACGAUUACCGUAAAAUUCUAAAUGUAUGUUUCACAAAAGGUCACCACUUAAAUAUUUCAAACAGCCCUAAUAGGCAUAAUCAAAUUCUGUUGUUGUUUUUUCUCCUAUGGUGCUUUCUUGCUUUGUGAGUUGUGUUCAUCCAUAGCAAGGUCCCAACACUACCGAAAUUGUAGGCCUACCCUGGUAGCGAAAUAUAAAAAAAAAAAAUAGAUGUGUAGAGUUUAGGACUUGAUCUGUCUCGUUAGAUUUUAAACUAAAUCACCCAGAGAUGUAGUUUACAAGGAUACGAGUCCUGCAAAACACAUCAGCAUACACAUAGGAUAUUCUGAAUACUGAACGGGAACAAGACAGCAAUCAGCGUGGAUUUUCUCCUACAACGACAUUAGAGGGACUUAAAGUAAAUGUCAAGUUUCUGGGCAUUUGUUUUAUCCUGUGUGAUAGCAGCAGCAAGUGUGUUUGUCUUGCUACUGUUGCCUUCCCCCAUAGACCCGGAGCCUUUGUAUAUUAGUGAAGAUCUACCAGAACUAAUUGGACCUCUUCAAGUCAACACUAACCUCCAGAAUAUCAAAAAACUGUUUCAAGGUCAGCUUGUUGGUCCGGAAUCAUUCGCUGCAGGUCCAGAUGGUUCACUCUACACUGGGACAGCAGACGGUAAAAUAUGGCGGAUAAAAGAUGGUCAGUUGAAGCUGGUGACUAGAACUGGGAGAGACGAUGCUGCUUGCGGUCAGUUUCAUAUGGAACCAUUGUGUGGACGUCCGAAAGGAAUGAAGCUGGACAGUGAAGGUUAUUUGAUUGUCGCAGACUCAUACAAAGGUAUUCUGAAAGUCAACGUCGACACGGGAGACAAACAGGUGUUACUAGAUAAAUUUAACGGCUCCAGAUUUCUAUUUCUGAAUGCACUUGACAUUGCUCGAAACGGAACGAUUUAUUUCACAGACUCCAGCACCAAAUGGGAAAGAAGAAACUAUCGGUAUGAGGUGAUAGAGUCUAACAGUCUGGGGAGAAUCCUUGCCUUGGAUCCCAUCACAUUGACAUCUUGGCUCGUUACAGAUGGACUCUAUCUGGCCAAUGGUUUGUAUCUUUCCGAGGAUCAAAGCUUUCUAUUGGUUGCUGAGAUGAGUGUCUCGAGAUUAUCUAAGGUUUACAUUGAUGGCCCGAAAUCAGGAGAAAAAGAAGUGUUUAUCACCAACUUGCCUGGUUACCCUGAUAACAUAAAGCCCAAUGCAAGGGGCAACCUUUAUGUUGGAAUGGGCUCAGUUCGUUUUCAAGGCUCAAGCGCCAUCGGCUCCUUCCUGGACAUUGUGGCUCCAUAUCCUUUCAUCAAACGAUUUAUUACAAAGAUUGUCCCCCCUUCUUUGUUUGACAUCUUUCUGCCUCAACACGCCUUGAUGCUGGAGAUCAGCCUUGAUGGUCGUAUCGUCACCUCGCACCAUGACCCAGGGGCCAAGGCGCUCUACGCCCUCAGUGAAGCAUUCCAAUAUGAGGACUAUGUCUACCUAGGUCACUUUAACCUUCCUUUCCUUGGCGUUAUUGAAGUGAAGGAUCUUCACCCUGAUUAGCACUUGGCAGUUGCUCCAGCGUUGCCACCUCUGCAGUUUUGUUAUUAUAUUCUACACUAUUUACCUUUGUAAGUUGUAUGUGAUGAACAAUAGUCCAAAGUUGCGAACAGUGCAGCACUUGGAUUAUGUUGUUUGGUUUGGGGAUAGAUGGGAUCUUAUUAGAAUGACCAUGUCACUACGGUGUUACUUGAUUUAUACAACGGAAAAGCGAUAUUUGAUUUUUUUUUCAUUUCAUCUUCACUUAUCUCUUAGUCUGUCGAACCAUCGGGGCACCACACAAGAUCUAUUUACCAUCUUUCUCCAUUUUCUUUUGCCUAAGAUAAAAUUUCUUUAAAUGACAAGCCUGUCCAUUCUUUUGUCUUCCUUUUGCUUUCUCUGUCUGAUUCUUUUUCUUGAUACUGUUCCUUGAAGGAAGGUCUUAGUGAGUCCGGAGAACUUAGUGAUAUGGCCAUAGAGCUUAAGCUUGCGUUUUUUUUUGACACUAGUUAGGUCAACGUGCUUUCCAACAGCUGUAUUAAUCCUGUUUGUAAUCUCUCCAUUAGUGAUGCAGUCUUAUGUUUUCAUUUAGGCGAUGACAAAAUGUAUUUACCAUGUUAAUUCAGAGUUGUGCAGUUAAUUCUAAUCAAAUGAAAAUAAUUGUAGGGUUAUUCUUCUGAAUUUAUUUCUAGUACAUAUCCUUUAUAUAUUUGUGGACCGGUGGUUAAAAACAAAAUUAUAUUUGCACAUUACUUUACUCAAUAAAAACAAACAACUGUGUAUUAUUGACUUUUCUCGUGAAUUUUGUGCAUGAUUUUGAAAUAAAGUAAAACAU